AUAUAAUUCCACUUGUCAAGGGUCCACCAGUGGACAUCCAGACAACAGAGUACCAGGAUGCCGGUCUUCGUGAAUAGUACCAGAGGCGGUCUGGGCGCUACUGGACUACUGACGCUACUGGCGUUGGUGGCGAUGGCCAUUCUUCCUGAUAUCCAGGUUAUGGGCUACGAGGGUAUACUAGGAGACUUCUGCAGGAACAGGAAGCCAGAGGAGUGUUGCGAGAAACGUUUGGACGAUUGCUCUGUGCCGAUCUACGACACACUCUGUUACUGUGAUGAGUUCUGCAUUACCGACAUAGACCAACCUAAGAACGACGACUGCUGCCCGGACUUCAGGGAGGUGUGUCUAGGGGAAAAGCCUUCCAAAGAUGACCCAGGCCCGUAUAUAUUAGCUGAUUGUGAGAAGGACGGAGUGAAUAUAAAACAUGGCGACUCUCACAAGUUCAACUGUAAUGAAUGUAAGUGUGCAGAAGGACAACUACUCUGUGAGGAGGAUGAAUGUAUGGUGGAGGAGAAGGAGAUACGGACAGUAAACCAAAGGCCUCUUCAUUACGGCUGGAGGGCUUCAAACUACUCCAAUUUCUGGGGAAGGAAAGCUAAAGAUGGUCUGAUGCUUCGUACUGGUAGCUUCAUCCCUGAGGAGCUGUCUAUGAAGAUGAACCCGAUUGCGCUACGCCCGGACGUCUCUCAGAUCCCAAGUCGGUUUGACGCCCGCACCAAACGUGAGUGGUUGGGACGUGUGAGUGACGUGAGGGACCAAGGGUGGUGUGGCGCCUCCUGGGCCUUCUCUACCAUAGGCGUUACUCAGGACAGACUGGCUAUCAUCGCUAAGGGACGCAAGCCUUUUCAGUUGUCGGUACAGAAUCUGCUGAGUUGCGCCAAACUUGGCCAGAAGGAAUGCGAGGGAGGCUAUGUCGACCGUGCAUGGAACUACCUUAGGAAAACUGGGGUAGUAUCAGAGAAGUGUUACAGGUAUGACAGCGGCUCCACUAAUAAGGUGUCAAGGUGUCUUAUCCGCUCCAGAGACACAUCAGCUCUCCAGUGUGAGCACAAACACCAGUACAAGACAGAGCCAGCUUAUCGCAUCUCGAGCAACGUGGAAGACAUUCAAUGGGAGAUACUGAACGAUGGCCCAGUACAAGCUAUGAUGGAGGUACAUAAGGACUUGUUUAUGUACAAGAGCGGGAUUUACUCUUACUCUGGUGUGACGAAGGGAGAGACAGCUUCACACUCCGUCAGAAUCAUUGGGUGGGGAGAGGACCCGCUUCCUGGUUCACGGCCCGUCAAGUACUGGCUCGUGGCUAACUCAUGGGGCAAAGACUGGGGUGAGAAUGGCUUGUUCAAGAUCAGACGCGGAACGAACGAGUCAGGCAUAGAAACAUUUGUGCUGGCAGUCAGAGUACGUCUAGCUAACUACGUGUACGGCGUCUAGUCCUGUGGAAGACCAGUUUAGAAAAGGAUAUGUGGAGAAUGACCUAUAAAAUGACCUGACUUCGUUGAUUGUAACCUUACAUGUUCACUUAGUUAUCUGUGUUAUGAUGAACAAAAGCAUAGUUCAUUACUAGAUAUAUGUGUCAUGAUGAACAAAAGUAUAGUUCAUUACUAGAUAUAUGUGUUAUGAUGAACAAAAGUAUAGUUCACUACUAGAUACAUGUGUUAUGAUGAACAAAAGUAUAGUUCAUUACUAGUAUCUGGAUGACUACUUCUUUUGAUUUCAGUCAGUGGUGGAUGUUCAUCUGUUAUUUUAUCACCAGUUUCUUAUGUUCACCGUUCUGUUCUCUUAUCAUUUUGAGAACAGUGACAUACGUAUUGCUUUUCCUUUCCUAAUUCAUGUUUGUGUUAUUGUCAGGGAAAUUUAUGGACACUUAUAGAAAAUAAUGAAUAAACUGACCACUGCUCUCUGUACAUUUCACACAGGAAUAAAUUUCAGUGAUAUUUGUAUUUUUAAAGCUCUGUACAGUAGCUAAAACAACUAUCUGUGCAGGUGUGGGAGUCGAUAUGCUCCGAAAUUUUACGUGUGACUAGUGACAGACCUCAUAUACCAAUAUUUAUCGUCUGUGGUCUCAAAUUGUUUUUCUCACAAAGUACGCACAGAUAGUUGUUUGUACCAUUCAAUUAUUACUACUGGUACACUUUGUUAUUAAUAAAGUGCCUGAUAUCAACUACAGAGAAAUUUCACCAUAA